AACAUAUCUAGUGAAUAUCGUAAUUAUAAGCAUCAAGUAGCUUAGAUUAGUAUAGUGACGUGUUUUAAUUAUUCUCGUACUAUAAUAAUUCAUGUAUCAUGAAGUUGGUGUCAAAAAAGUUCUUAGCGAGUUGAGGCUGCGAUUGGCGGCUGUUGUUCCAGUUAGCUGAAGGUAUCGACCAAUGGAGGAGGAGGUGACGCGCAGCCGUAGCAAAGCGCUGAGCUGCGCGGGACGCGCUACGAGCGACAGACGCUACCCCGGAUCUGCUACGCCUGGCGACUGAAAAAAUGUGUUAGUUAUGUGUAAGUGCGUUACAUGAAGGACAUCGGGCUUCCGAAAUGCAGGGGCUCCAAGCCGCGAAAGAGAAGGCAUCCAGCCUCUUCGCCAACAAACCCCUAGUACUCAAAAACAACCAAUAUGAAAACUUCCACGUGGAACAAAAGGGCUAUGACCAGAUGUACGAUGGAGAAGAUCUGGAGACACCGCCCUCACCGGAUAGACCACCACCAAGGCAUAUAGACAAAUACGUCCGCGCGGAAUGCCCUUGUCUGAGCGCACGUUACACCGUAGCGCUUCUCGCUUGCUUCGGCUUCAGCAUCAUGUUCGGCAUGCGGUGUAACAUGAGCAUGGCCAAACUGAAAAUGACUGAGAAACAUAAUACAUCCUACGGCGUGAAAGAGGACACCCCAUUUAACUGGAGCGUAAGCGUAGAAUCAUCAAUCGACUCGUCAUAUUUUGCUGGAUACCUGAUCACCCAAGUGCCGGGCGGUUACCUGGCCUCUAUGUACCCGGCUAACAAGAUCUUCGGAGCCGCCAUUGUUGCUUCAGCAAUAUUCAACAUCGCUAUACCAGGCGCUAUGAGCAUGGGACCUGUCGCUGUCGUCAUGUUAAAAGUCGCUCAGGGUUUUGUUGAGGGAGUAACCUAUCCUUCCUGUCACGGCAUUUGGAGGAUGUGGGCACCGCCGAUGGAGCGCUCGAGGCUGGCAACAUUAGCUUUCUGCGGCACUUACGCUGGCAUCGUCAUAGGCAUGCCACUGUCGGGACUUCUUACUGAUUAUAUAUCGUGGCAAACACCAUUCUACUUCUACGGUGUUUCGGGUAUUAUCUGGUACACGCUUUGGCUAUGGCUUGUGUUCGAGCGUCCAAGCAAACAUCCUCACAUUUCUGGUCGCGAGUUGGCAUACAUCGAGCAGUCCUUAGGCACAUCCACACAGGCAGCUAUGCCUGGCUUUUGGAAUACUCCUUGGAAAGAAUUCGCAACUUCACCACCGGUAUACGCCAUCAUUGUAGCAAACUUCUGUAGGACUUGGAACUUCUGCUUGCUGGUAAUCUUCCAAUCGGCGUAUUUCAACACGCGUUUCAAUAUGCAGAUCACUGAGUCCGGUUUUGUUGGCGCCAUACCUCAUUUGAUCAUGACUUCUCUGGUGCCAAUCGGCGGUAUGAUGGCUGAUUACUUGCGUAAAAACAACAUCAUGACAACAACUAAUGUACGCAAGCUUUUCAACUGUGGUGGAUUUGGAUUAGAAGCCUUCUUCUUUGUACUCGUAGCUUACGCUGAUAAUAAGUACGUAGCAACAAUAGAGUUGACCCUCGGAGUGGCUUGCAGCGGUUUCGCGAUUUCGGGAUAUAAUGUAAAUCACCUGGAUAUAGCGCCAAGAUAUGCGUCCAUUUUGAUGGGCUUGUCCAACGGCAUUGGCACGAUUGCUGGCUUUAUCGUCCCCAUUGUGAUUGAUUACAUGACCCAGGAGAAGGAUCAACUAGAGAAAGCUAUAACGGAAUGGCGAGCCGUAUUCAUAAUGGGCGCUAUGGUGCACUUUUUCGGCAUCACAGUUUAUGGCAUAUUCGCGUCGGGAGAGCUGCAGCCCUGGGCGGACCCCACUCCUCCAUAUGAAGCUCCAUUGAAGCCUAUUGACCAGGAAACUACAUUCUCGGAGCACCCGUCCGCUCCGCUGAAAGGCCCCGAGCCGUCCGGUUACGGCAGCAUGGCGCCCGCGCGCCCGCCCCUCCCCCCUCCCCCCGCGCUCGCCCCCGCGCACGCACCGCACGUGCCCAACAACCCGUUCGUCUCCGGCGCGCUGUACCAGGCGGAGCCCGUGCAGCCGCCCGCCGAGCCCUACCACGAUCUCACUGAUGAUGGCACUUACUGAACUGUUUACUGAACUAGACAUGUGCA